AUGCUUAAUUCUCUUUCAAAAACCGAAAUUGGACUAACCUCUCCGAAUGCUGGAGCAAUUGGUGGUGGACACUUUUCUCCUGACAACAUCAGACCAGUGGGGGCAGCAGUGACAUUCUUCGAAUCGUCUGGAACAUCAUCUGCAGCUGUCACAUUCUGUCCCACUACCAAUUUCUCUGGUGCUCCUUUUGGAACGCCUUUAGCUGGUCCUUUUCUCAACAGAACAGAGACACAAGUACCAGGUAACGGAUUCCAGACACCAUUAGAACAUAAAGCAGUCGGAGAUCCGGAAAGAGUUGUUCCAAUAUUACAGAGAACAGUUGCAGAUGUUCCAGUUGGAUAUGGUCCCAAUCCAAGUGCACUAUACACAAGAGUUCCUCCCAGUGGGUCACCCAAUCGGCCACAGGAUGUUCCUCCUAUUUCGUUUCCAGUCAAUUCACACAAACCAAGUGAUGCGGGAGUCCAGAUUCCAUUCGAGCAAGUUGAUGCCAUUAUUCCUAAAAACAUUUCUUUAAGAUUAAGAAAAACAUUGUACACAUACCUGUUGGUACGUAUCCAACUUGACAAGUAG